UUUGAAUAAUAAAAUUUCAACACUUUAAUGUAUUUAACUUAACCAUACAGGAUAUAGAAAUGUUUAUCCAUUAUUAAUAAGGGAAUAAAUCAAAGGGAAUAAAAGCCUACAUAUAAGAAGAUUUAUGGUUAUACAGUGUCAUUGUAAUCUGACUUAUUGGGCCCACAUUAUUCCCGUACUUACAUUUAGUUAUUAUUAUUUAGUCAAAAUGUACAAACUAAGCUUAAAUAUAUAUUUAUGCUGGUAGUUUAAUUCAAUAUACACAUCUACAUUGAACGUGAUCUCUUCUAAAGUCUUCCAAGAUAUUUAAUUCAUGAAUUGUCACUAUGAAAUAUUAUGAAAUUAUCAAAUUUUUAUAUUCAAUAUGUUCUACUAUUCAUUUAGUUGUUUAUACAUUUUCAUUAUAAUUUUUAAUGCAACAUUCAGUUUACCUUCGAAAACUAUUACAGAAGACUCAAAUACUACUACUGUUGGUUAUGAUUAUAGAGUACCUGGUAUUAGUAAUGAUGAUGAUUCCAAUUGGACAGUCAUUUCUCAUGAAGCUCUUCAUGAAGCAUUAAAUUCUACAGAUGAUUCAUUGGAACAUGGUGAAGAGACAACAACAACAACAGAAAUUUCAUUACCAUCAUCGUCAUCAUCAUCACCUGUGACGAUGACAACAACGACAACGACUUCAAUGUCUAAAUUAGAUUCAUCAGAAAACACUGAAAAUGCACGAAAGUCAUUGUCGAUUCUAAAGGAAAAGAAGAUGGAGAAUAAUGAGUCAGCAGAAAAAAAAGAAUUAACAGAACAAACAACAUCUCUAAUCACUACCGCCGCAGAGACAGCAUCAUCAUCGUCGUCAUUGUCAACGAUACCAGUGACAGAAAUAACAACUAACUCAUAAACAAUUUAAAAAAAAGUAACAAACAAAACAAAGGUUAACAUGGGUUCAGAUGAGUGAUCAAUUCAUUGUAAUAUUAAUAUAAUUUUAUUUAAAUUAAAUUUUAUUAUAUCGCUGAA